AUGACUGGAGAAGGCUUAAAUAUCUAGAAUAUAUAUCUAUAAAAAGUAUAUAUGUAUAAUAAAAUAAAAUUCAUAUUUUAUACAUUUAUGAAUCUCAUGAGUUAGAUAAUAAGUCGUGUACGUGAUUCUAGUACGGCUUUCAUAUUGCUGUACAGUUUGUCACACACGGUUCGUUAUUUGAACAUGACAAGCUUAAAUUUUUGGUCAAGUUUUUUUGUCGCGAUUAACAUGGCUAAAUGGUAUAAUUGCAUAUAUUACGUAAAGUCACACGAAAGUUCAAAAUACAAGACGAUAACAGAGAUUUCUUCUUCUCCUUCACUGCUAACAUGCGUUCAAAAAUGUCGAUUGAAAAAUUUGGAUGUUGAUUAUAAGGACGGAAAAUGCUACUGCGUUAUUGUUGCUGGAAACACAGAUGGCGAAGAAAACGAGGAUAAAGAAAAAGCAGCAGAAGUUUAUUCCGCAGUAAAAGAUCCUUCGAGUUAUUUGGAAAACGGACAUCAACCGGCCUCAAUUAAUCUUUCGCGUGGAAAACCAGCAAGACAAUCAAGCGUUCUCCCUUUCAGUUUCAGUACAGACGCACCACUUGGAGUGGAUGGAAAUACAAGUGGUAAGUUCAACGACAGAUCGUGUUUUCACACACUUGGUAAAAAGGAAUCAUCCCCUUGGUGGGAAGUCGUACUUCUUCAGAAUGCUGUAAUAACGAAUGUUGUUCUAUAUCCUCGUACUGAUAACUGUUGUCAUUUAAAAGCAAAUAAUUUGAAACUGCUGGUGAGGUUUGCUAAUCAAGAUUCCUGGAAUUUGUGUGCGUCUAUCGAACAACUUGGUACGACACCAUUUGAUCAAAAAUGCGAUCAACGUGUCGUUGGUGGUAUUUUUCGACUUGUGCAACAUAAUACAGAACCUCUUCAUUUGUGUGAAGUUGAGGUAUUCGGGUACUUUUUAUAAAUAACAAACUGCACGAAAUUAAACUUCACUCUUAUUGUUUAUUAUUAAUUAAUUUGAAUUUUAAGGGUUCGAAAGUAUUAAUCACCUUAACUUGGUGAUUUUUUCCAAUUUACCAUUAAAAUCGCCAAAAAAAAUUAAGAAAAUUAUAGAAAUAAUUAAAACAAAAACAAAGAAUUCCACAGCUGAGCGACAUAUAAUUAACAACACUGUUUGUUAUGAUUUUUAAACGGUCAUCAACACUUUUUUAUCUUACGUACUUUUCCUUCCUCGUCAUCCUCACCGUCCUGGACAUCGUCAUCGACCGUUAAGCAACUUUAUACAUUUCGUCGUUAUAUUACAUUGCAAUCACCCAUAUCUGUUUUUUUUUUUUUUGCUUUGUUACAAUAAUUGCUUUUAUCUGAUGGCAAGGUAAUUACACUUUUGUUGCAUUUCCAAAGAGGACUCGUGGAGGGCACUGGCAAAGGUAACUGUUAAAAUGCCUUAGGGAAAUAUUUGGGAAGUCUAUAACCUUAUAAUCAAUCAGGGGGGGGUAUACCAGCCUCCUUUUUUUACUAACUUUCGACAUCAUUUAAACGGUCUUAAUUUUUGUGACUUAUCCUAGUAUUUUAUGACAUAGCACGGUAAAAAAAUUCUUAUUUUAAAAUUUUAUGCUUUGUGGGAUGGCCAGUUCGUUGACAGUGGAUAUAAUCAGAAAUUUUUGUAAAAAAUUUAAACUAAAAUUUUUACUCACUACACUUUAUUUGCUGUAAUUAUUAUUUAUUUACUAUUUAGACUUAUUCUUAGCACGUCUAUUUUGCAGACUCAAAUAUGUGUAAUUUACAGACCAGAUUUUUUAGAUUAUAUAAUUAAUGAUAACUAUUAAAUUUUCCUGACAUAAAUCUUUUUUCUUUUUCACAACUUUUCGAGAGAGGCAAGGUCAUUUGCAAUAGAUUAUUAACUAGCAGUUUUUACAUUAUCAGAUUUUGUUUGACAAGUCAUUAA